CUCCCAGGCUGGGCCGGCACACCCAGCAGGCUCUGUCCUGGAAACAGGCUUCAACGGGCUUCCCCGAAAACCUUCCCCACUUCUGGAUAUGAAAUUCCAGCUGCUUGCUGAGUCCUAUUGCCGGCUGCUGGGAGCCAGGAGAGCCCUGAGGAGUAGCCACUCAGGUUGCUGUGAAGGAAUAAUGUACUGAUUCAUACAAAGAACUUAGAGCGGUGCCCGGCACGGCAUGAAUGCUUCAUGGAUAUUGGCUGUUAUCACUACUCUGCUUUGCAGUUGAUCAUUCAGAGGCUCGAGACAGCCUGUAGCAGCUGACGCGUGGGUCCACCAUGAACUGGAGUAUCUUUGAGGGACUCCUGAGUGGGGUCAACAAGUACUCCACAGCCUUUGGGCGCAUCUGGCUGUCUCUGGUCUUCAUCUUCCGUGUGCUGGUGUACCUGGUGACGGCCGAGCGUGUGUGGAGUGACGACCACAAGGACUUCGACUGCAACACUCGCCAGCCCGGCUGCUCCAACGUCUGCUUCGACGAGUUCUUCCCCGUGUCCCAUGUGCGCCUCUGGGCCCUGCAGCUUAUCCUGGUGACGUGCCCCUCACUGCUUGUGGUCAUGCACGUGGCCUACCGGGAGGUUCAGGAGAAGAGGCACCGAGAAGCCCAUGGGGAGAACAGUGGGCGCCUCUACCUGAACCCUGGCAAGAAGCGGGGCGGGCUCUGGUGGACAUAUGUCUGCAGCCUAGUGUUCAAGGCCAGCGUGGACAUCGCCUUUCUCUAUGUGUUCCACUCAUUCUACCCCAAAUAUAUCCUCCCUCCUGUGGUCAAGUGCCACGCAGAUCCGUGUCCCAAUAUAGUGGACUGCUUCAUCUCCAAGCCCUCAGAGAAGAACAUUUUCACCCUCUUCAUGGUGGCCACAGCUGCCGUCUGCAUCCUGCUCAACCUCGUGGAGCUCAUCUACCUGUUGAACAAGAGAUGCCACGAGUGCCUGGCAGAAAGGAAAGCCCGAGCCAUGUGCACAGGUCAUCACCCACACGGUACCACCUCUUCCUGCAAACAAGACGACCUCCUUUCGGGUGACCUCAUCUUUCUGGGCUCAGACAGUCAUCCUCCUCUCUUACCAGACCGCCCCCGAGACCAUGUGAAGAAAACCAUCUUGUGAGGGGCUGCCUGGACUGGUCUGGCAGGUUGGGCCUGGAUGGGGAGGCUCUAGCCUCUCUCGUAGGUGCAACCUGAGAGUGAGGGAGCUAAGCCGUGAGGUAGGGGCAGGCAAGAGAGAGGAUUCAGACACUCUGGGAGCCAAUUCCUAGUCCUCCACUCCAGCCACCUGCCCCAGCUGGACGGCACUGGGCCAGUUCCCCUCUGCUCUGCAGCUCGGUUUCCUUUUCUAGAAUGGAAAUAGUGAGGGCCACUGCCCAGGGUUGGAGGGAGGAGGGCGUUCAUAGAAGAACACACAUGCGGGCACCUUCAUCGUGUGUGGCCCACUGUCAGAACUUAAUAAAAGUCAACUCGUGUGCUGGUUCCAGGUGCCCUCUGGUUGUG